UCUACACCCGGCUCCACUACAGCAGCAGAAUAAAGAGCCUGCUCUGUCCUGGAGCUGAACUCCCCCCCCCACAGCCUCCCAGACCUCUGAUCAUGAAUUGCCGAACACAAGCAUGGCUCAAAGUAACUGUCUUGCUAUUCAUAGCUCCAACAGUUGCUGCAAUGCUAAUUCCUAAUGCCACACAAUUAGAAGGCCUCCUGGAAAAGUACAUGGAUGAGGAUGGCGAGUGGUGGGUAGCCAAACACAGAGGGAAAAGGGCCAUAACAGAGAGUGACAUGAAGCUCAUCUUGGAUCUGCAUAAUAAAUUAAGAGGUGAAGUGUAUCCACCUGCCUCAAAUAUGGAGUAUAUGGUAUGGGACGUAGAGCUAGAACGCUCUGCUGAAGAAUGGGCGUUAACUUGUUUAUGGGAACAUGGUCCAGCAAAUUUGCUUCCAUCCAUUGGACAGAACCUGGGGGCUCACUGGGGGAGAUACAGGCCUCCAACCUACCAUGUCCAGGCUUGGUAUGAUGAAGUGAAAGAUUACACAUUUCCAUAUCCACAAGAAUGUAACCCAUACUGCCCAUUCAGAUGUUCAGGACCAGUUUGCACUCAUUAUACACAGGUGGUUUGGGCAACGAGUAGCAGAGUUGGUUGUGCCAUAAACCUUUGUCACAACAUGAACGUUUGGGGGCAAAUCUGGCCAAAGGCAAUAUAUUUAGUGUGCAAUUAUUCUCCAAAGGGAAACUGGUGGGGACAUGCUCCUUAUAAACAUGGCCGCUCUUGCUCUGCUUGCCCACCCAGCUAUGGAGGCGGAUGCCGAGACAAUCUUUGUUACAAAGAAGGUUCAGAAUUUCAUUAUCCUAUACCUGAACCGGAAGAAGAGACAAAUGAAAUUGAGAGGCAGCGAUCAAAAGCUCUUGAUACCACCUCACAGAGCAGAGCGAGAACUCACUCCCCAACGUCUUCAACCAGGCCUGAUGCUUAUGAUAGCAAUGAAGUAGUCAGCACAGAGCAAAUGUCUCAGAUCGUGUCUUGUGAAGUACGGCUGAGGGACCAGUGUAAAGGGACAACAUGCAACAGAUAUGAAUGUUCAGCUGGCUGUUUGGAGAACACAGCCAAAGUAAUAGGAAGUGUUCAUUAUGAGAUGCAAUCAAGCAUUUGCAGAGCAGCCAUACAUGCUGGUGUAAUAGACAAUGAUGGAGGAUGGGUGGAUGUCACAAGACAAGGAAGAAAAAAUUAUUUCAUCAAAUCCUAUAGAAAUGGGAUCCAGUCAAUCGGCAAAUAUCAGUCUGCAAACUCAUUCACAAUCUCCAAAGUAGCCUUUCAGGCUGUGACGUGUGAAACAACCGUAGAACAAAUGUGCCCUUUUCAGGCUCCAGCAUCACAUUGUCCAAGAGUGUACUGUCCACGUAAUUGUGCUCAAGCAAGUCCGCACUAUGCUCGAGUGUUUGGAACCCGGAUUUAUUCUGAUAUAUCAAGCAUCUGCAAAGCAGCUCUACAUGCUGGUGUGGUUCGUAAUCAUCAAGGAGGCUACGUGGAUGUUAUGCCGAUCGAUAAGAAGAGACACUACUUUGGAUCAAUCCAGAAUGGUAUUACUUCAGAAAGUUUACAUAACCCACUGGGCAGCAAGGCUUUCAGAAUAUUUGCAGUCAUCUGAAACUUUUGAAGAAAAGCACUUGGGAAGCUCAGCAAUCAAGGAGUAACUGUUUCAAAGUUUGUAUAAAGA